AUGACAUCCAAAUUCCCCAGCUCCGACCAUUAUCGCGCAGAAGUCGCCCAAAUGGAAGAUGACGCGGACACGCACAACCACCAAAAUGAUAUUGGCGGUGGUGCCGCAGAUAUGUAUGAACAUGACUACUGUGCGUCAAUCGCGCAGUCGACGCAAGUCUCAUGGUCGGCGUUCACCCACGACUUCACGCAAGGCAAGGGCCAGCUCGGGUUCUGCGUCUAA